UCUCCUCUCUUCUCCCUCAGCGUCUCACUUCUCCCGUUGCUUCGUUCGGCGGAUUGUCGGUGAGCUGAGGAAGAGGGAGGAACGAGGAAGGGUGAGGAAAAAAGAGAAUGGACGAGGUGUUUGCGGGACCGAACCCGAGCAACUAAGUGCUGCAUUGCAAAGGGAGAGAAGAAGAAGACCAGAGGAGAGGAAGAAGAGAUAAGGGGGUGGAGGAAGAAGAGGGGUUUUGGUGAAAGCCACUGUGCUGAGGGGAAGAGAGGCAGACGAGUAGCAAGUAAGUGCAGAGUGGCGAAAGUUAUCAAGAUUCCCAAAAAAAGAGUUGCACAAGAAGAGGAAGCCAAAGAGUGAGGAAGAAGAAAGAGACAUCAACACCUGAACUUUGCUCAGCUGUCCGUCGUCCAAGAUGGACAAAGUGGAGCGGGUGAUGAAGAUGGUGAAGAGGAUGUCGCCGAGGAAGAAGAGGAGAGAAGGGGGAGGAGGACGGGGGGGAGGACCGGGAGAGCUGGAGAGCCCGGACACCCUGUGCGACGAACUCUGCCGCUUCAGCCUCUGCAUCGGCGAUGACGGACCAUAUGGAAAAACGAAGGAUAUCUCUGGACAAGAACAGACCAUGGCCUCGAGAAGACACAGUAUACCAGAAGCUCUGCGGGGGGUGACCCUGGUGGAGCUGGUGAAGAAAGAAGGCAGCACACUGGGCCUCACCAUCUCGGGAGGAACCGACAAGGACGGGAAACCACGGGUAUCGAACCUGCGACCCGGAGGACUGGCGGCCAGGAGUGACCAGCUAAAUGUCGGCGACUACAUCAAGUCGGUAAACGGCAUCAAUCUGACCAAACUGCGGCACGAAGAGAUCAUCAGCUUACUGAAGAACGUAGGAGAGAGAGUUCUGCUGGAGGUGGAGUACGAACUGCCCCCGACAGCACCCGACAGCACCUCGGGGGUUAUAUCAAAGACCAUCGACAUCUGUUUGCACAAAGAGGGGAGCAGCUUUGGUUUCGUCAUGAGAGGCGGUACCCACGAGGACUGGCACAAGUCACGCCCCCUAGUGGUCACCUACGUCAGGCCAGGAGGCCCUGCAGACAGAGAGAACACGCUGCGUCCCGGUGAUCGUCUCCUCAGUGUGGACGGCGUGCCGCUGCACAACGCCAACCACAGCGACGCCCUCAGCGUCUUGGCUCAGUGCGGCCAGGAAGCCCUGUUCCAGAUAGAAUAUGACAUCACUAUCAUGGACACGGUGACGAACGCCUCCGGUCCGCUGUUAGUGGAAAUCGCCAAGUCACCAGGGGCCACGCUGGGUAUCACGCUGACGUCGGCCAAUCACCGAAACAAGCAGGUCAUCGUCAUCGACCGCGUGAAACCUGGCAGCGUGGUGGACAGAUGUGGAGCGUUGCAUGCUGGGGAUCACCUGCUGUCCAUAGACGGGACGUCGACAGAACACUGCACGGUCCUGGAGGCAACGCAGCUGUUAGCGAGCACGACAGAACUGGUGAAAUUAGAAAUGCUCCCCUCGCAUCAAACAAGGCUAGCUGGGAAACAGCAAGACACAGUGAAGGUUCAGAAGUCGGACCACCCGCACUCGUGGGACCCCUGUGUGAACUACUGUCACCCGUCAAACGCCACCCUCUGCAACACGAGCGCCACCCUCAACAAGUCGUGGACCGCCUCCAACAACAACACCAUCAACAACCUGGACUACUGCAAGACUCUGGUAUCUGCCAGUUUCUCUCCCGGCUCUACCACCACAUCGGGCCCCAGCAGCCAGAGCUCCAGCACCCUGCCCAGGACUACGGUUCCCAUGAGUCCACGUAACUCGCUGCUCAAACGGCGGCAGAGAAAGAAAGAGCACAAAAGCUCCUUGUCCCUGGCGUCCAGUUCGGUGGGCCCGGGUGGUCAGGUGGUUCAUGUAGAGACCAGCGAGGUCGUCCUGACAGGUGACCCCCUCAACGGCUUCGGUGUCCAGCUGCAGGGAGGAAUAUUCGCCACGGAAACGCUCUCCGCACCCCCGCUCAUCCGGUUCAUAGAGCCCGACAGCUCUGCAGAGAGGUGUGGCCUGCUGCAGGUCGGAGACCGCCUCCUGUCAAUCAACGGGAUCCCCACAGAAGACGGAACACUGGAGGAGGCCAAUCAGCUGCUCCGGGAUGCGGCGCUGACCAAUAAGGUCUCGCUGGAGAUAGAAUUCGACGUGGCAGAGUCAGUGGUGCCUAGUAGUGGUACAUUCCACGUCAAACUGCCGAAGAAAAGAGGAGUGGAGCUGGGGCUCACCAUCAGUGCCAGUAAGAAGCAAGGAGAGCCCCUCAUCAUCUCUGACAUCAAGAAGGGCAGCAUGGCCCACAGAACAGGAACUCUAGAGCCCGGCGACAAGCUGCUGGCCAUCGACAACAUCAGGCUGGAGAACUGCUCCAAAGACGACGCGGAGCAGAUCCUGCAGCAGUGCGAGGAGCUGGUCAAGCUAAAGAUACGCAAAGAUGAAGACAACUCGGAUGAGCAGGAGACGUCGGGCAGCAUCAUCUACACAGUGGAGCUGAAGCGGUAUGGAGGCCCUCUGGGUAUCACCAUCUCAGGCACCGAGGAGCCCUUUGACCCCAUCACUAUAUCCGGCCUGACCAAGAGAGGCCUGGCUGAGAGGACGGGGGCUAUUCAUGUAGGUGAUCGGAUCCUGGCUAUCAACAGCGUCAGUUUAAAAGGAAAGCCCCUGAGUGAAGCCAUCCACCUGCUGCAGAUGGCUGGAGAGACGGUCACCCUCAAGAUAAAGAAACAGAUCGACAAUGGAGAGGAGAGGAAAGCAGCCGAGGCAGAGGACACAACAGAGAACGAGCUCAGUGACCCAGAGGAGGAUGAUUUGACGGACAGCCAACAGACCAACAAGCUGUCAGAGCUUUACUCCACCACUAUACCCAGCGUCGACUCGGCCAUGGAGUCUUGGGACGGCUCAGGGUUGGAUGCCGGCUAUGGCAGCCAGGGUACAUACAACCACCAGGCAGCUGGUAUCGCCCUCCAUCCCCAUGAGUGGCGUAGUGCCAAGCAGCAGCGCAGCACCACGCCACCUCCUGGACGCCGGAAGAACUACCCUUUCAGUGACGGAGGCUUCAGUGAGGAUGACUGGGACAAGCCACCAGGAUUUAUUGGCCACCAACCGGACGGUAUUCUGUUGGAUCCAGAUGACAGCUUCUGGUGUCAGGCGCUUGAGGAUCUGGAGACCUGCGGCCAAUCAGAACUACUCAGAGAGAUCGAGGCAUCCAUCAUGACAGGAACAGCCAUCAGUCUGGGUGUAGACGGUGUCAACAAGCCUCCAGCUGAGUCCAUGCUGAGCCACAGCAGGAUGAGCCCGCUGAGGAGGAAUUCUCUUCUGCACCAGGGAAACCUGCUCCACCAGGGCACACACCUCCACCAGGGCGCCCACCUGCACGAGGAGGCCCACCUGCACGAGGAGGCCCAACUCCACCAAGAUGUCCACCUGCUCCAGGAGGCCCAUUUUAACCACGAAGCCCACCUGCUUCACGAGGCCCACCUGCACCACGGGGCCCACAUCCACCAAGAUAACCAAUCUCCCCUUCUGCACCACGAGCCCAAGACAAAGGCCUCGUUGAGAGUGUCAGAGAGGACGUGGGAGUCUCGUCGGAUCAAAGAGGAGAUGCAGGGGAUUCUGUCUCCAACGCCUUUGGAGCUGCACAAAGUGACGGUGGUAAAGGACCCAGAGAUCGACGACUUUGGCUUCAGCGUGUCAGACGGCUUCUUGGAGAAAGGAGUGUACGUCAACAUGAUCCGACCCGACGGGCCCGCCGAUCGAGCCGGGCUCAAACCCUACGACAGGAUCCUGCAGGUGAACCACGUGAGGACGAGGGACUUUGACUGCUGCUUGGCGGUGCCUCUAAUCACGGAGGCUGGGGACCGACUGGAGCUGGUCAUCAGUCGCAACCCGCUGGCAAACGAUGACGACGAUGACACAGAGGACAAUAACAACACUUAUGACCACCCGCUAGACCUGUAACACACACACACACACACACACACACGAAGACAGACAGAUGAUUCUCUAGACACACAUGCAUUCACUCUGUCACACUCAGGCAGGAGACACACACACACAACUGGCGAUGAAGUGCAAAGUUCUUUACUGGAACUGGUCCAAACACACUCAAAAACACACACCCCACCGGCUUGUAACAAUUCUACUUAAACACAGAGACUCGCACACACACACACACACACACACACACUUGCAUGCUCACACAGUCGCCCGUCCCAUUCACACUGGGUUGAACUGCUGUCAUACAGUAUGAUGCUCUAUGGAAGCCCUGGCUCAUUGCAGAGAAACCACGCGAGACGCUCUCCUGAAGGUUGGCCGGGAAUCCUCAAAGUUGUUCCAACAUAAACAAGCGCUUAGUUGGCACUUUAACCGUCCAUUAACUGACGACUCUUUAAAUACUGUUUUCACUGAAAACAAAUGACUAAAAACCUGCAAUUUGGAUUCAGCUGUUUUUUAACGGCAGGCCACAGGUUUCCAGACAUCUCUGGUACUGACUGGGCCAGAGGGAGCCACCUCAUUACACCAUAGUGUUCAUGGUUUAAGCAACGUUUAACGGUAUUGUUAUAAAAGAAACUGCCUUGCUCAGUUUGUAGAUUUCAUUUGUUUAAAGAAAGGCUAUUAACACUUAGUGGAAGAUUGAACCAACCAUUUCUAAAGUAAUGGUCAGGCUGCGGUCUAGACAGAUGUAGACAUUGUAGAAUUCCAUAUUGCUGCUAAGAAUGCUUCAAUACAAUUUCCAAGAGUCAUAACCAGAAAGGUUAUGUUUAGCUUUUCUUUCCAGCUGUUGCAUGAAGGUGGACUUCUUUAAUGCGUCAGCACAAUAAUACCAUGUAAAAAAUACAUAAACAUCUAAAUUUGUGGCAUCAUUUCAAGUUGAAGACAACGAUGUCAUCACUUCUGCCAAACUCAAAUGUCCAAUCCAAACAUGAGACGGGAAGAGAGAAGAAGCAGCGACUUGAUAUUCGCUUCACACGACAUGUGGCGUCUUUAAAUGAAGCAUUUAUCGCUUCAACACACUUGUUGCAGCUCUGCUCACGGAGAAAACUUUGUUGCCAACAGAAGAACAUUUUCCUGCAACAUGUUAGGAGUAUAUUGACCCUUCUCUGGGUUUUUUUGUUUGUUUUGUGCCAACUGCUGCUUAAGUUGCCGAUCUACAUUGCCCAGUUUGUCACCGCACUUGUCUGAGAGCACUGGGUUCAUCUCACUUCAGUUCAUUGCUGACCUACAAAGUCAAAGAGCAGAAGCCACUAGAUAUGGACCGUAAGCAGCAGAGCUCACGAUUAGGGUCGAGGUUCACAAUAAUCAGAAAUAACACCUGUUGAUGCUGUUAAAGGUGCUGCGUGUAGCACUUAUUAUGAGGAAUGAUGCCAUAAACAAACAAGGUGAAGGAGCCUCAGGAGUCACAGCAUCACAACUGUACUUUACACUGAGAGCCACUGGGGCAGAACAGUGUGGACUUAUUCAUCCAACAUGGAUUAUCUUUACAGUAAACAGACAAAAGUAUAAUACAGUCAAGGUUUAUGUUCCUCUGGUGUGCAUCACAAUCGGCCCAGGCGGUCAACACCUAAGACCGGUGCUGACCAAAGAGCCAAAGAUGCAGAACUUCGGAGCAGAUGACAUUAUCUUUCAAGGUUCACAUUUUCUUCUGCGAGAUGUGAUUCAGCAUUAAUGCUUCAUAAUCAUUGUGCUCAUGUCGUUUGAGGUUACGUAUUGCUGCUCAAUAGUGGAUUAAAACACACAGAAGCACAGCUGAGCAUGCUGCUCUCACUCCCCUAUUAGAUACUGAGGCUUUGUCACAACCCUUAACGUACGAUGUCGACGCACAAGGCGUGAGACGCUUCGGGCUUUCAAGUCCCUACGAUGUAAACUCAUCCGUGUCAUCAUCAGACACCCGGAGGAAAUGUUCCAGGAGUGUGAAGACGUAGAAGAAAGACUGAAGAGAUGCACGGGGAUGAGUCAAAGACCAGCUUUACUGUCUGAAAGUGCGGUUUAGUUUUAUUAAAGUUACGUGCUUUUUCACGGUUUAUUUAGUUGACGUACGUAUUUAGAGCCCAACCAUGAUGUCGUUGGCUAAAGCUAAGCACGUGGUUCUGUUUGAGUUCACAACAUUACAUUACAGUCAUUUAGCAGACGCUUUUAUCUAAAGAGACUUACAAUUCAGAUUCCACCACGCCGGAGGCACAGCUGCGGGAGCUACGUGUCUCGCUUCAAGGACACAUCGACGUGCGACUAGCGGGGCCGGGGAUCGAACCGCCGAUUCUCUGAUUGAAGGACGGCCCUGCUCUCCACUUAGCCACGGCCUCCCACGUGUUUGUUGCGACCGUAUAGUUGAGCGCCUGUAGUAGGACGCGCUGUGACGAAGCGUCAGUGUGUGACGAGUUGGAAGAGUCAGAAGGUGGCGGUUUUGGGUGUUGACUAGAUUCAUAGGACGGUAGCUGCUCCACCGAUGCAGCCUAUGCCAAGAACGUAGCGUACCAGUGUGAACAACAACACUCAAACACAAGCAACUCUUUCUCGAGCAGUGCAGACAUGACGAGUGAUUUGUAAACUGCUCCUCACAGCACAGAUCAACCACGAGCACUAAAGCGUUGCUGCUGUUUGGCUUUGUAGGAGAGACUGGCCCCGUUGCAGCACGACAAUUAUGGACAAAGCUGACGGUUGUCGUCUGGAUGCUGAAGAUUUGUACCGAGCUGUCCAGACUGGGAACAAGUCACACACACACACACACACACUCAUACACACUCGUACAGAACAGGGCCAGCAUGUACAGAUAACUAGAGGACACGAAGCAAUGCAGUUGGUGCGUGCAUGUCACUACGUGUUCGUCUUAAAGUUUGUUCACGUUUCUGUGUGUCUGCCUGUGUUGUAUUCCUGCAGCUGUUUCUGAUGUGCACAUAACAUGAGUCAGUACAUUCAGAUGUAUGUGAGUGUAUCUAAACGGGUGCAUAAACAAGUGGGUACACGCUGGAUUUAGCUAAUUGUUUUUUAGGUUAGUUUGGCAUGAUGGACGGUUCUUAAAGGGCCAGUGUGUAGCAUUCAGGGGGAUCUAUUGGCAGAAAUGGAAUCUAAUAUGAAUAUGUAUGUUUUCUUCAGUGUAAAAUCACCUGAAAAUAAGACUUGCUGUGUAUUCGUUAGCUUAGAAUGAGCCGUUCAUGUCUACAUACGGAGCGGGUUCUCUUUCCGGAGUCUGCUGUGUUGUUUCUACAGUAGCCCAGAAGGGACAAACCCAAACACGGGCACUAGAUUGGACUAGAUCGGUCUCCACGCUUGGCACAUGGGAGAAGUUUCAGUUGGUUGCAAUCUGCAACAUCACUGCUAGAGAACGACAGAGUGCAUGCUCUGAAAGUCACACCCACAGGAGGGGAAACAAACAGCGCCCGGUUUGCAAACGAUGGGCUGAAACGCUGGAGGAACAGUAUUUAACGAGCUAAAAACACACAUUUCAGAUUGUCAAUUGUUAAUCUCUUACACUGACGAUUCAAACGAGUGAAUUUCAUGCCCUCCUGAGACGUGGAAGUGCUCUUAGCUGUCGGUGUGCCUGAAAUAGCUCCACUCACUUAGCAACACGCCAAACAUCUGAACGUCUCAUUUAAUGACUUUUCUUUAACUCUCCCACCUUUCCUCACCCACCUAUUCAACAGCAGAGAUUCCUUCCACUUCCUCCACCUCCUGUUUUAAUGAUUUCAUUUGAUUUCUGCCUAAACCUUUUUCUUUGCACGUAUGAUUUUGCAGAAACGAGACGAGCUGGUCGCUCCCCUCCUCUACUGGGAGAACGUGUGUGUGUGUGUGAGUGUGGCAGACAGAAACUAGAGAGUGUUACGGGUCAGAAGGAAACAUUUUUAUAAAUGUCUUCCUGUGUGUAAGCACACUAGAGAGAGAGUACAAACAAAAUGUGUGAGAGAGAGAGACAGGAGAGACACACACAGGAACACUAACCGUGAGUGUGUGUGUGUGUGUGUGUGUGUGUGUGUGUGUGUGUGUGUGUGUGAAAGAGAGAGGAGACAGAGAAUAGCUUUUGUCCUCGGAAGGAUUGGAACAAUCACAACCUCUGUUCUCUCUCUUUCUCUUUCUUUCACUGUCUCCCACUCUUUCCUCACGUUGUUACAUAAUACAGUUAGAAUCCAGCUGCCCCCAUUGAGAGCACCAGUGUGUCUGUGUGUGUGUGUGUGUGUGUGAUAGAAUGUGGGAGCCUGCAUGUAUAUAUGACUGUACUGGCAUGUGUGUCUGGGGGGCGGGGCGUGUUUUCUGUGUGUACUACAUGUAUAUACAUGUGUUUCUACAUGUACGUAUCCAAGGAUGUCAGUCUUUCUUUCCUUUUAAGCAAAUAUGAGCUUUUGAGCAUGUGUUUGUGUGUGUGUGUGUGUGUGUGUGUGUGUGUGUGUGUGUGUGUCAGGGACAGAGAGACGCUAGGUGGUGUACAUUUCAUUGUACAGUGGUGAUAUCUUUCAGAGCCGUGGGCCGCUCAGACACCCUGAUGAGACUGAAAACAGUGUGAACUCAUUUCUUGCGAGGGAGCCUGAGAACGGCGACUUCUUCAUUAAUGACAAAAAAAAGGGACAUUCACAUCUCUCCGAGCACUUACUAAUAAAAGAAGCACACUGUUGAAUACCAUGCACUGUAAGUAUUCUCAUGUACAACGGAACAGACGUGUCUGAGUGUUUUAUACGCAAAUGUGAAGUGGCCAAAAAAAAAAAGUUUUGUAAAGCUACAAAAAAGAAGACAAAUGCUGAGAAAAGCCUUCCAAACUGUUCUGUUGGUUUUUAUGUACGUAUGUAUGUAUGUGUGUGUGUGGUCAUCCAUACUCCCUAUGCAUUUUUGGGUCAAAGAUCAGUUUAAAGCCCAAUCCGGAAUUGUACACAAAUGUUUAUAAGAAAUAAUAUAUAUAAUAUAAAACUUCUUCACAGUUGCACAACGUGGUAAAUGUAAGAAAUGAGUCGUUCACAGUGAUUGUGUGGCGUUCAGGGGGAUGUUUCAGUUUGUCUGCGUCCUCACCGCUACAUGACAAACUGGCUCUUUACGUGGUUGAAAAGGUAAAAAAGACAAAGCAUCUGAUUACUGUGCCAACAACGGACUGAUAUGCGAUCAUUUCAAAUUAAUAUUACAUUUCUUCACUAAUUUUGGGGAAUUUUCGUAAUGUCAGAUGAAACAUUUUUUCACCAUUUUUUUUGCGUUGGCUACACUUACCUGUUGUCACUACUGUCGGCGAUAUUUAAAUGAUUUCCCAUCAUGGGUGUUAAUGAUUGAUUAACACUAAACAGGGUCGGGGUGAGUCAAAGACAUGAUGGUGAACUAAACAUUAGCUUAACUUGCAACCCAGAUACAUUCCCCCUGAUAUUACAACCACAGCUCUUAGUCAGCUAGCCGUUAGCAUUCGCAAAGGAAAAUAUAUUUAACUCGCUGAUCACAGUGUUUGUUCAGCGAUAGCAUUCUGCCCAGACAACCACAGUUUGGUACAAACCGCGAUGACCGUUACUCGUAACACGACAUGAAUACAAACUUCCUUCACACGACUUUCAGCCAACUGUGGCUCUGACUUUACAAAGGAAAGAAUAAUAUAUUUUUGCAUCAUAUCCAAAGUCAUAAACGGUAUCGUCUCUCAUGGUCUGUUGGUCGUGAGUGCGUCUCCCGUCUCUGAUAAAUCCCACGAGGACUUGUUACACCGAAGUUAUCCGAUUCUGACAUUCGUAUCAGUUUCAUGAAUUUAUUUAAACAUUGAAUUAUAAAAAGAUAAGUGUGUUGACCAGUGGCAUCACAGCUGAUUGCGAUUCCGGAUUGGGCCGGGUUAAUAACGUAUGCGUUGAUAUUGUGUAUUUUUUUCAAAUUGUGUAAAGUUCUAUUCUAUGUAAUAUAGUAUUUUUCUAUGACAAUAUUACUCUUCCGAAACAUGGGAGGAAAUACAAAACAAACAUCGGAGGGGAAAUAAAAUGUAUAACUUUGUUGUUGUCGUUUUUUUUGUUUUUUGUUCAUUUUCUAUGAAACCAAGAGUGUACUGUCAUACUUCUCUUUUUGAGAAGAACAUGAGAAAAGAUCAGAAGAACAAUAAAAUGUCUAAUUUUA